UCUGGAGAGCGCAAGCGCGGCAGGAGAAACACACAACGACGCGACGUGUCUGACCUCGAUCGAAUCAACCAGUUUCAGAUCAACCAAAGUUUCUCAAAUUGACGCGAUCGAUUGGCGCAAGUCACGAUGGCUUCCCAGCAGCCACUCUCCUCGUCGCAGCAGCCGGCUGACGUUUACGGCGGUGACGAGAUCUCCGCCCUCGUACUCGAUCCCGGCUACUGCCAUACCCGCGCCGGCUUCGCAGGCGAAGAUGUCCCGAAAUGCGUCCUACCGUCCUUCUACAGCCGCAUCGACGGGAAGCUAGCCUUUGGCGACGAGUGCAUACGCCCGCGCGAGAACCUCGAGCUGGCCAACUACAUGAACACGAAGUCCGAGGUGGAGGACUGGGAGAUCGCGCCCAAGAUCUGGGAGAACAUGCUUGUCCAGCGGCUGAACCCGACGCAGCCAACGCACCCCUCGAAAAACGGCCUGAACGACGGGAACAAGGACGGCGAGGGCGACGUCUCGAUGGCAGAGGCCGAGAACCAGGAGGAGCAGGAGAAGGCGCUGUGGGAGAACCCAAUCUUGCUUACGGAGCCGGCGACCAACCCGCCCAAGAACCGGGAGAAGGCGAUGGAGACGCUGUUCGAGACCUUUGGAACGCCAGCCGCCUGGCUCAGCAGGACGCCCGUCCUUUCCGCGUUCGCGGCAGGCAAGGCGACGGCUCUGGUGAUUGAGGUUGGCGGGGCAAACACCUCUGUCACGGCGGUGCACGAUGGUAUGGCGCUCAAGAAGUCGGCUGUCCAGUCCUCAGCAGGUGGUCUGUGGCUGUCGCAGCAGAUCCGCGCCAUGUGGGAGACCAACGACCCGAAGAUCGACACUGUUCCGACAUUCAUGAUCGAGAACAAGACCCAGGUGGACGCUCAACAGCCGCCGAACGCCAGGCUCAAGAACUUCCCAUUUACGAUCCACGACUCGUUCCGCCGCCAUGAGGAGGAGCGACUGUUGACCGAGUUCAAGGAGUCGGUAGUCGAGGUCUGGAAGGGCCCCGGGCGGUACGCGGCCCCCGGAAACGAGGAGUUCAUCAAGACGCAGCCGGGCCGCGUGUUUGAGAUGCCCGAUGGGUACAACCAGAUGUGGCGGGAGCAGCGGUUCAAGUGCGCCGAGGGCAUGUGGGACGAGGCGGCGGGGUACCACGUCUCGGACGAGCACUUCCGCCUUGCCAAGAACCAGACGAUACCGGGGCUGAUCAAGCAGAGCCUGGACCUCGUGGACGUGGACCUGCGGCCCCACCUCCUGGGCAACAUCGUCGUGACCGGGGCGACGAGCCUGCUGAACGGGUUCAACGACAGGCUCAACAACGAGCUCACGCAGAUGUACCCCGGCAUGAAGAUCAAGCUGCACGCGGCAGGCCUGACGAGCGAGCGGCGCUUCGGCGCCUGGGUCGGCGGGAGCAUCCUGGGCAGCCUGGGGAGCUUCCACCAGAUGUGGAUCUCGCGCAAGGAGUGGGAGGAGAUUGGACCCAGCGUCGUCGAGAAGCGCUGCAAGUAGUGAGUGCGGUCUCCGUGUACUCAGGAGAGGAAAACGUGAUGCAAAGAUUUUUGGUGCUCAAUUUUGGUAAUGUGCGCGGCGGUCCAGAAUGGGAUGAGGCGUCUGGAGUUGGCAGAUGGUCUGCUGGCCGGUGGCAGGAUCAAAAGCCGGUAGGGCAGCCUUUGCGGAAAGCUAGCUGGCUAUUUGUACAAAAAAAACAGAGAAAUGGAACAUUUAAUCUAGAUGAGAUUUUUGUGCAUUUUAUUCUAUUCUUGUGCUUACCACCCAUUCCACCUGGGCCACACAUCCACGACCUCGUCCUCGUUGCCUGUCCUCCUGCUAUCCACCACGAG